AUGGACUUCCUACGGAGGAUAUUUUAUCCACAGCAAGGAAAGAUAGACACCGAGCUGACGAUGGAAAGCUCUCUAGUAUGCCCACGAGAAAACACAGUCGAAGAACUAGCGAACAUCCUCGACUGUGAAAGGGUUGUCCAUGUACGAGGGACACCAGCAUCGGGGAAGUCAAUGCUCGCUGGGCUACUCGUUGCUUACUAUCGCAACCGAAAAAUACCCGUCAUCUACAAAAACACCUGGCCUCAAGAGUUUGUACCUUGUUACAAUAAACUCUUUGUUCACAUGUUCAGAGAGAACGGCUAUGACUUCGACAUUCGCGACUAUCUCUUCACCCAAGAUGUAGCUAUUAUUCUCGACGAAGCACAGAUGUCGUAUGGUGCCGAUGAUCUCUGGCUAGGACUCAUAAAAUCGCAGAGCGGCAAUCGAUAUGGCCCACGAAUUGCUAUCUUCACCUCAUACGGCAGUCCUACCAAAGGACCAGAGAUGGAUCCCAUGCCAGGAAGCCCACUUGCUUUCCUUGGCCCGCAACAACGCGUGUCCAUCACCCCAUCGAUUGUUGGAUUCUCCCCGAAGAUCGCGCUUUUCUACAAUCGCGAGGAAUUUGAUGAUGUUGUUUUUCGCUACUGCCAUGAUGUCACAUCUCUCCUCAAACUAGACGACGGUGCAUCUGACUAUCUGUUCAGCCUCACAAACGGACACCCAGGGGCUGUCAAUGGAAUUCUCAACAUGCUGCAGAAUGUGUAUCGCUCUGAUCUGAAACGGGACAUGGAUGCCGUCCGUGAAGCAGACAUUCGGAAAACCCUAGAGGAUAAAAACAAGGCGUUUGCGUUUCUAGAACAGACACCCGUACAGCGGUCGUUUGUUGACUUGAAGAACCUUAAUCCACAUGCAGCAAAUACCCUCAGGAAGGUGUUGAUAGAGGGAAGUAUGCCUCGUGAUCUCGAUAAUGAGGGUGUCCGAAUCUGCUACGAGCGGGGUUGGCUACAUACAGAACCUCUCGACGUACAGGCGAACGAGAUCAUUUGCGUUCUGCCAACAAAAUUGCAUGCAAAGUUUGUGGAGUACAAUCUCGCGGACCCUAAAGUCAAAUUCCCACGAGAAAAAUACCCAGACAUCGAAGCACUUGCAGAAGCUACCCUGAGACAGUUCUCCAGACGAAAUAUGCGGGCGGUAUCUCGGUAUGGUGCCGGUGCUAUAAUUCGACCACUUGAAGCAACUUACCAGGACGAAUUUUAUCGUUCUCUUCAUACCGUUCUUGGGUACGCUAUGGACGUCACUAGCGAAUGGUCGCCAGACGGUGUUGGCAGAAUCGACUUUCGACUUGGCAGCGUAGGAUGGGGAAUUGAGGUUCUACGAGAAGGUGAUCGACUUCAUGAGCACUGCCAGAGAUUUACAACUAGAGGGACAUAUGGGAAAUGGAUUCAGGAGGGCCUACUUCAGGAUUGGCUAGUCAUUGACUGCCGGGCAACAUCACCGCGUCCAUACGAAAUUCCGGACACAAAGCUUUGGCGUGCUGUUUUUGCUCCUGAUUUCUCAGCUGUUGAAGUACGGAACCAAUACAACCAGGUUGUGGUGGAUCGUUUCGCCUUAACGGAAUAG